AUGAAGAAUGAAGAAAGUGCCAGUGGCAUUAGUCCAGAACUGACUGAACUAGAUGCUCUACUUGAGGAAGUCAUUGGACGAAUUGAGGUAGCAAAUGAAGUGGUUCAGAAAAUUGUACCAGCUAAACUCGAUCGCAUGAAUCCGAUAUGGGUCGAAAAGGCCGAACGAGAUCAAGGAGUAGCAAGUCCAUUGCUCAGAAGGAAAAAGGAAACUUUAGAUGCCUGCAGCAAUAUCCAUGGGGGAACCAGUGAAGAAAAGGAAGCCACACUAGAUGAGUUUGUAAAAUCUGUUGACAUUGGGAAUUUAAAAGAUGUCAAGACUGAACUAUGCCAUGACUUGGAAGAGGAUGACAAAGUUUCAGGCUCAUACAGAGAUCUCGAAAGUUUUUUAAUAGAGCUUGCCAAAAUGUAUGUACACAUUGAUCAGGUACUUAAAAAGGAAUCAUUUUUCAUGCAUUAUGGAAGUGAACCAUAUCACUUCAGGGUGGCAAUAGGUGCAGACGGAGCUCCCUUUGGCAAGGACGAUGAAGCUACGGCUUGGCUCCUAUCCUUCUUGAAUGUAGGUGAAAUGAUUGCAAGUGAGGCGGAAAAUUACUUGAUUGCUGGAGCUAAUUGCAGCGAAUCACACAUUGCAAUGAUCAGAUAUGCAAAAAUGUUAACACAAGACAUUGCACAUAUUGAAAGCCAAAUAUAUGUGUUACCUGAUGAUCAAAGAGUCAAGUUCACUAUCGAACUGCUCCCAUCUGAUAUGAAAUGGGCCUCUACAUUCAGUGGUGAGUUACCCAACUCAGCAUACUAUUUUCCUCCAUUUGGGAGUGUAAAUGCUGACAACAAGAAUACAGUAAAUUGGUCCUUGGGGGAAGAUGACAAUCGUACUUGGAGACCUGGGAAAUACCAAAAAAGGCUAGAAAUGGCUACCAAAGUGCAAGAAAAAAAAAAGAAGAAUUAAAAAAUUCAAAGUAUGCAAAAAGCACAAAAAGAAAUAAACUGUUGGAGUUCAUGAGAAAUGUGCAUGCAAGGCAAGA